CAGAAAAUAUAAAAUUGAAAAUAGGUACAUAAAGUUUUUAUGUUGUGUAUCUAGAUAGAUAGUUCUCAUUCGUUACCCCUUUUCUAAUUUCGUUUAGUACACAGAGGAUGUUUUGCGGAAAUGCUUCCUCUGCAUAAUAUCUUUCCGUUGUCAUAUUUGAUAUAUAAUCAGUCACCUGAAGAAACUGUAGAGUGGAACUGCUGUUUAUUUCCAGGAGAAAAGGUCCAAAUUUGUUUUCCGAUGAAGAAGAUGAUGACUCCAUACUGACUGUUGCUAUCGGUUCUCAACUAGAGCUCAAUACGAAAUCAGAAACAGAUAUAUCCUUUUCGUCGUCUACCCCGUCGCCACAAGCGCCUAAAAUAAUGUCUUCAUCCAGUGUUGCGUCGCUCUUAUCAUCGCCUAGCAACUUUGGCAACUUUAGUUUUGAUUAUAUGAUGCUUAUAACUUCGCAGAGAAAGUCAGAACAAAAGGAUUCAGGUUAUAACACUACCCCUUUUGGUACCUCGCAAUAUAUGAAAGGAUUCGUACCCUAUGAAGCGAUUCCAACGUUUAAUAAUCUUGAUUACCAAUCUGAGGUAGUAGACAUCGAUUUAGAUGCAGAAGCAAAACAAUUUAUGGAAAAUCCAUCAAAUCAGAAUACAUUAAAUGUGAAUGUGGAAGGUUACGAGGUUCAGUUAACUCAAGCCAAAGUACUUGCUAACCUCAAAUAUUUCAUAAGGAAAGGUCUUCAAAACGAAUUGCUAAAAAUAAAAGAAAGCACCUCAGACCAAAAAAUGGUAAUGCCUGCCGGUUCAAAUAAUAACGUAGGUUUGGGAAAUUCCUACACAGAUCCGCAAUUACUACCAGAAGAAAAAAUAGAAAGAGCUUUUUCGCCCGAUAUUUUCCACAGUCAGGACGACGAAGAUAUAUCUAAAAACGUAAAAUAUCCUAUUUAUUUAGAACAUACUGCACUUGCUUCAGAUAUUUUGCAGGAUCCGCCUGGUUCUGUUCUGUUAACUCAAAUCGAUAUUGAUGAAUUUACGCAAAGAAAUACAUCAGCAAGAUCUUUGAAUCUACUUAAAAAGAUCGAAGGUAUUAUGCGACAUUUUCUCGAGAAAAUAGUUAGCGGAGAGCCUGUGGAUUUAAUGAUUCGAAGUACUACAAAUUCAUCGAACUGCUGUUUGGAAGGAGACGAAAUUCUCACUCUGAAGCCAUCACAGCAUUGCACUUUGAAAAGGAUUUCAAUAAUGGACGGGCGGAGCCAGUUUCGAUUCGGUAUGAUUGUAUUUCUCUUAUCCGAAGUCUAUAACCUCCUGCUAUCAGGGACGAGUUGUACCGCGCGAGAGUUAUACUACAAAGAUCCGGAAUUCGCUCAAUAUCCGGCAAAUAUCAAUUUGGGGAUGAGAGACAUUUGCUGCUUGUUGGACGCUGCCCCAUGGGAAUUAGGAGUCUUCUCUACAUCGAAGGGACUUAUUGCAGGAAGUUUGCAGAUUAACUUGUCCAAUGGAGAGACAGUAGACUACUCAUUAUAUCCUGGAGGCACUUUAUUACCGCAAGAUACUUCAGGUGUGGAGUCUUUAAAAAGUAACGCCAAAUAUGCACUCAUUGUUGAAAAAGACACUGUCUUCGAAAAGCUUAUAAAACUAAAUAUAUUUGAAAUUCUUGGUCAAGAUUUGAUAUUGAUUACGGGUAAAGGCUUUCCCGAUGUCAGCACUCGAAUCAUCGUUAAGAAAAUUGCAACAGAUCUGGAAAUUCCAAUUUAUGGUUUAUUUGAUGCUGAUCCAUUCGGUAUCGAAAUAUUUUUUGUAUACCGCCAUGGUUCCCGAGCUAUGUCAUUCAACGCUGAUCAUUUGGCUUGCUCGAAAGUCCAGUGGAUUGGAAUUCAUCCUUCCGAAAUAGAAUUACUUGGGGUUCCUUCAAUGGUUCUAAGCAGCGAAGAUAAAAGAAAACUGCGAAAACUUCUUGAGCGCUCUUACAUAACCGAAGAGGUCAAAAGGGAACUACUUAUUCUUCAGCGCGGGAAUCGAAAAGCAGAGAUUGAAGGCAUUUCAAGUUUUUCGGAAAAUUAUUUAUUGUCGGAAUACAUUCCCAAUAAAAUUCGACGAAAUUUUACCAAGUAAAAGAUGUGAUUUUCGCUUUGCAUCAAUAUAUUGUUACUGCUAAUAAUAAAUGGACCUAGAUGUAUUAUCAGC